AUGUCAUUCAUAACAUCAUAUUUGCCUGUCUACACAGAUGAUAUAUUCUUACAAUAUAGACCAUUUCCAGCUAAUCCAACCAAUUAUUUCGAAGCUCAUUGGCAUGAAAUCUUAGCUAGUUUCUUAUUUUAUACAUCCUUUCAAGUUAUUUCUCAACCCAUUUCUGCCGCUUUGUUCGGUACAACUUAUACAUCAUUAUCAAAACGUACUAAAGUUAAUUUCGAUAUUCAUGUGGUAUCUAUGAUUCAAUGUUUUAUCUCCAUUUCAAUCUUAUUACCAAUGUGGAAUCAUUCCUAUUGGCAAAAUAGAGUUGCUGAUCCAACUAGUUCAAUGUUAGGUUAUACUCCUUAUGGUGGAUUUGUUGGUGCAUUAACAGUAGGAUACUUUCUUUGGGAUCUUAUGGUUUGUACUAUUCAUUUCAAAUUAUUUGGAGUUGGAUUUUUAUUUCAUGGAUUUGCAGCAGUAUUUGUUUUUACUUGUACUUUAUUACCAUUUUGUAUGCCUUGGAUUCCUUGUUUUCUUUUAUUUGAAUUAAGUACUCCAUUUGUUAAUAUCAAUUGGUUUGCCUCAAAAUUACCUGCUGGUACCUUCAAUGAAACCUUUGUCAUUAUAAAUGGGUUAGUAUUAAUGCUUACUUUUUUUUCAGUCCGUAUUGCAUGGGGAUUUUAUGGUAUGAUAAUCUUAGCUUAUGAUAUGUUUGUUAUGUGGGAUAAGAUUCCUACAUUUGCUGCUGUUUCAGUAUUAACCUUGAAUUUAUCAUUGGAUUGCUUAAAUAUAUUCUGGUUUUAUAAAAUGGUUGCCAUUGCCAGAAAGAAAUUUUCAGGUAAACAAUCAACUAAACAAGCUGCUAAAGAAGUUGCAAAUAAAAUUGAUUAG